AUGGAGCGCAACUCCACUGACCACAACACCUUCCCCUUCCUCGAGCUCCCGAAAGAAUUACGGGACAUGAUCUACGACGAGGCUCUCGAUGACAAAGAAGACCAACGACUAUCUAGAGACCUCUUUCUCAAGGCCAGAAGCGUUCCGCGGACCAAUCUCCUGCUCGCCUCGAAGCAAGUCAAGCAAGAGUACGAAGAACGCGCUGCAAAGCACAGUCAGCUGAUCAUCAAAGCCAUCGAAAACCACGAUACUUAUGACAACAGCAACAAUGGUGAUGAUGACGUCGAUGAAAGCAUCUACAACCAGGUUCCCAUUCUUCCACCAGCAGCCAACAGGGUUCCAAUCAUCACUCUGGAGCCUUACGUCGCCGACCUCAAUUGGCCACGCGAAGCAUCUCUUGACCUUCUCAUACCCUUGAUCGGCAUGAUCACCAGCGCGAGUUUCAGUCUCACGGCCCUUAACAUCAGAGUCAUCAUGAUGCUUACGACUUCUCGUCGUCUUCAACCCUGGAACUUCGUCAACGACACGGUCCACGACUGGAUCAGAGAACUUGAGAGGCUCGAGUGGACUGACGUGCCAAAGCUUCGCAACUUCCAGAUCCUUGACACCGGCCGGGGCUUCUACCAUGCAAUGGAGGGCGAUGAGCGUACGGCAAAUACGUUCGAAGAGCCGAGGGUGGAGCUGGUAGAGGCUGUAGCUAUACCGUGCUAUGUUGAGAUGAGGAAGCGGACCCGGGCUGAGAUCGAGGAGUACAUGAUGCAGGUCCGAGAGGAGGAACGAGUGAAGCAAGAGAAAGCCAAACAAAAGAUGCAGGCACUGAGGGAGAAGGCUGAGCACAUGAUGAAGGCUCUCAGAGAGGAAAAUGCCGCAAACAGUGGUCCUGAGGUGGGCUAG